AUGGCAGGGAACAAUUCUUAUACUAUUGUUGAAUACUUUGGUGGGGAUGAUGGUUACCGCUGUGGUUACUGCAAAAAUGAAAAGGGAAACUUUUCACACGGCAUGUGGUCUCACACCAUGACAGUACAAGAUUACCAAGACCUCAUAGACAGAGGAUGGAGAAGAAGUGGAAAAUAUGUUUACAAGCCAAUAAUGAACAAGACAUGCUGUCCUCAAUACACUAUCAGAUGCCAUGCUGUGAAAUUCCAGCCUUCCAAAUCCCAUAAGAAAAUCUUGAAGAAAGUCAAUAAAUUCAUUUCAAACGGUGUAUUACCAAAAGAGCGUGAACCUGAGGAACCAAUGGAUUCAGUGUGUGAAGCUGCCGUGCCUCGAGAACCAAUCAAGGGAAUGGAGUGUGCUGUUACAGACAUUCAAAAGGAGGAAGUAGAGAGUCUGGUUUUGACAAACGUUGAACAGAAUAAAGCAGAAGCCAAAUCCAGGGAGCCAGAACCACCUAGAAAAGAGCCAGCAAUUGUCACUGAUAGCAGAACAACAGUUACGGCUCCAAAACCUGGUGUAGGAAUAGACUCCAACCGGCCUCCUUGUCGGAAGGCUAAAGAUUUAAGGAAAGAGCGACGUCAUCAGAAAGAGCAGAUGAAAAAAAGCAGUGUUGGAGGCUCCUCUACUUUGACCACUAAGCCUACUACGCCCUCACAGACCAACACAACCAAAACCCUUGAAGAUUUCCUUACUGAGACAUGUCCUGACAGUUCAUCUCAUUGCCUUGAGGUGAGGCUAGUACGCGCCAAUCCCCCUUGCCCGCAGUUCAAAGCCUCUUUCGACGCUUCCUACCAGGUGUACAAACUCUACCAGAUGGCAAUUCACAAGGACCCUCCUGACAAACCCUCCGAGAGCCAGGCGAGGCUAGUACCGGUCAGCUUUGAGGACCCCCAAUUCACAGCAUCCUAUGAGCAGUCUGUGGCGCUGUACAGCCGUUACCAGAUGGCCAUUCAUGGGGAUGACCCCAGCGAAUGUAGUGAGAGUGAGUUCCGGCGAUUUCUCUGUGAUUCACCGCUAGAGGCAGAGUACUCUGUUGACGGGCCUGAGAUGGGUUAUGGCUCCUUUCACCAGCAGUAUUGGCUAGAUGGCCAGAUUGUUGCCGUAGGAGUGAUCGAUAUCCUACCUACCUGCGUGUCAUCGGUCUACCUGUACUAUCACCCAGACUUUGCCUUCUUGUCUCUGGGGUCCUACUCUGCUCUCAGGGAGAUUGCUUUCACCAGACAGCUACAGAAACAGUCUCCAAAACUGUCCCACUACUACCUGGGCUUUUACAUUCACUCCUGCCCUAAGAUGCGGUACAAGGGACAGUAUCGGCCUUCAGAUCUACUUUGCCCAGAAACCUUUGUCUGGGUAACCAUUGAGCAAUGCCUUCCACUCCUGGAGAAUUCCCGAUAUGCACGUUUCAACCCUAAUUGUGAUGAAGGAGAUGCUCGAGUUUUAAAAGAUGUUGGAAGAGCUCUGGUGCUACACAGAAGGACCGUCAUGCCCUACACAGUCUAUUCCCGAAAACAGAAGGGUUCCGGUGAUGAAACGGAGGUGAAGGAAUAUGCUAGCCUGGUUGGCCAGAACUGUGCUGAAAGGAUCUUGCUGUACCGAGCCUAA